UUAAACAGAAGGAUUGCGUCAUUUGACGUCAUCACCCCGCGCCACAACACACUCACACGAUGUAAUGGAUGAAGGGCUGACUGCUAUUUACUGUAGAUUUUCUUAGUUAACGGAGAAAAUGUCGGUGUUUCACGACGAAAUAGAGAUCGAGGACUUUGAAUAUGACGAGGACAAUGAGACAUAUUACUUCCCCUGUCCCUGCGGAGACAAGUUCGCUAUAACUAAAGAGGAUCUGGAGAACGGGGAGGAGGUGGCGACGUGUCCGAGCUGCUCGCUUAUCGUUAAAGUCAUCUACGAUCAGGAGUUGUUCAUGUCCGGGGAAAUCAUCGAAGCUCCGUCAGAAACCAAAAUAGAGUUGGUUCAGUCCUGACCCUCGUCUUCAUCGCAUCACCAUCAUCAUCAUGACUGAUAAAUGUGCCAUUAAAUAAAAAUAAUAAUUAAGGCAUUAAUACAUUGAUGAAAUGUGACAUUAGUUGACAUUUCUUUGUAGUAAUUCCCCUAUUUAUUUAUUCAUUUAUCCUUCUGUAAUUGUAUUUACAUGUUUUUUUUUUAAAAAUGGUAACUUUAAAAAAAAAAAAAGAUUUGUAAUAUGAAUUUCUUUUACUUUUUAAAAACUAAAUUAUUUUAAUACAGGCAUACAUAUAAAUACAUUUAAAAUAAGGAAUAAAUGGGUAAAUAAAAUUGGGGAAAUUUAAACACACACACACACAUUAAAGAAAUUGCAAAUCAUUGCAUGUUGUUUGUAUUUACAUUUAACACAGCAUUGUUUCCGUACACUUCAAUCUUUUCGAACAUAAACCUUCGUUUGUAAUAUCUGUAAAUAUGCCUCAUAUCAGAAUAUUCUAUUUUAAUGUCUGUUGUGUGAAUACUUGUGUAAUUUUAAAAGAAUAAAAGCAUCAAACUCA